AAGAGACAAAGUACCUAUUUGAUUACAUUAAGCGCAAUUUUCAAAGUCAUGUUGUCGCGGUCGAUAAGAGCAGAGACCAGAAGUCGUGCCAAAGAAGACAUUAAGCGGGUUAUUAGUGCCAUCGACAAAGUCCGGAAGUGGGAGAAGAAAUGGGUAACCAUCGGUGAUACCACUAUGCGCAUCUUCAAGUGGGUUCCAGUAUCAUCACCGGAACCAACACAGCCAUCACUGGUUAAAAAGGGUGUUAAAGGUCAGUCUGCAGGUCAGAAAGGAGGAAAAAUUGGCAGUGACAAGGAAACUGAACGAAAUUUCCCCCAGGAAGAGAACUCCAAUUCUUCAGCAGUAGAUCAGGAAUCCUGCCAAGGGAAGAGAACCUCCAGUGUUUACACAGACGAGAACACACAACAGUCCGUACCAGACUCCAAUUGUAGUGAAGGCUCAGGCACCAUCAAUGAGGACUCAAACCUGUCAUUUGCCGACACCCAGAACACCAACCCUCCCUUCUCGCAGGAGGCUGAUAAUGACAGCAAUGAGGCCGAUAUGAGAUUAGCAAUGAGUAUGGUUCGAGAUGAGAAAAAAGAAGAAAGUAAUUUAAAGAAAGACAGUGGUGAUUCAAAUUCCUCAGCAGCUCCAACAGACCAUGAAUCUGAUGAUCCACCAUCUAAAAAAGUGAAGUCAUCGUCAUCAGAUUCCAGUUGAUGACCAACUUACAUUGAAUGUGUUCAUUUACCUGACUAUGGAGAUAGCUUGUACAUUACUGUCGUCCAAACAUCCUGGAGUUUCUGCUUGCAGUUUCACACAGCUGAGAGAGUAUCUGUAUGGUCUUGAUAACAGAUUUUGUUCAUGUGUAUGAAGCAAAAUUCCUGAAAGUUCUGAUUUACACCUUCAAUAACAUGGUAAAUCAGUUAAUUCAUCCUGGUUUUUUUUUUUUUUCUUUUUUUACACCAUUUCUGUUAACAUUUUUUAUUUUUACCAGUAAAUGACAAAACGGUUGAAUGUAUUUACUUAAAAAAUUACAAGAGGCUAUAUGACCACAAAAGUUUUCACACAAAUGAACAAAUUCUUUUCAGUGAGGACUUUUAAAGAGGUUUACAUAUUCAUUGCACAUCAACCUGAUGACAGUAAACUGUUAAAUUCAUACUGACUGUAGGGCUGUAGGGAGCUUGUGGCUUUGGCAAGUCACUCAUGUUUCUUUGGAGGCUACAAUGUUGAUAAAUCAUUUAAAUGACUGGUAAGGUUGUACAAUCAUGUUCAUAGCUCUUAUAAGGGGUACCUUUGUAUCACAUGCCAAACCCUCUGACAAUGCGAAGAGUAUAAGUGAUGAAAGGUGUGAGAAUAAAAGAUAGAUUCAGGACCAAACACUGUAAAGGUUGUUAUUUUGGAGACCUUCUGUAUUUUGCAUUUUCACUAUUUUCAAUUUUUUUUGUCUCUUUUAUUUGAAAUUUGAACCAUCAGUAUAAUACCACUGUAUUGAAAUUUGACAGAGAUAUUACGUUUUCCUUCAUCACACAACAUAUCUGAUCUGUAAUAUUCUACAUUGGAAAGAAAUAGAUACAUACUGCAUAGAUCAACUUACACUUUGUCAUGUCAUUUACGGUCAGUUAAUGUUUUAAGAAUACACUGUUAGGACCAGGGUGGGUGCUAUUCAUUUAUCAUGAGUGGCUGUGUAGUAAUAAAUGUUGUGAUGUGUGAUAAAAGCAUGUGUUGUAAGUUCGCACAGUGACCACAUGUACAUUAAUAAGCAUCAACACUAUUGUAUAUAGU